AUGUCGCUUUCCACCUAUAUCAAUCAGAAGGUGCUAGUCAUAACCGUCGACGGACGAACACUGGUGGGCACUCUCAUCUCUUGCGAUCAGGUCACCAACAUCGUUCUCAGCGAUACGAUCGAGCGCAUCAUACGACCGGCAGACGAUGACGAACCAAGCAUGGAGCAAGAGCACGGCUUGUUUCUCGUGCGCGGUGAUAACAUCACAGUGUGCGGGCCCGUCGAUGAGGAGCUGGACAAGAGCAUAGAUUGGACCAAAGUACGGGGGGAGCCGAUUGGGACUACGAGGCACGAUACGUGA